AUGAGGAUUACAACUCUUCUGAGGAGGAUUCUGAAGCACAGGCUGGUCAGGGUGGUCAUGGCAGUGAAGCCAGUUGCUAGUUCCAUUGCUGAUGUGAAGAAAAGGAACAGGACUUUGAGACUGAGAGGUCACAUUGGCUCCCAAGAGAUUCUCAUUUUAGUUGAUUCUGGGAGUGCUGCAACUUUCAUUAGCACCCAGGUGGCUUCUAAGCUGCAACAUUCCUUGAAAGACUGUGAAGCCCUCAAUUUUCUUGCUGCUGAUGGAUCACCAAUGGUAUCUGAUAGUGUUGUUCCAAAAUUGCAUUGGCAUGUUCAAGGACACACUUUCACGUAUGACACCAGAGUUAUUCCAUUAAGCUGUUAUGACAUGAUCAUUGGAGCUGAUUGGUUGGAGGCACAUAGCCCUAUGUGGUUUCAUUGGAAAAAGAAAAUCAUGAAAUUCACACACAUGGGCAGAAGAAUCACUUUGAGUGGUGUGAAGGAUGUUGUUCCAUCAGCUAGUCCCAUUUCAGUUAGGAAAUUGAAAGGGUUGUUAAGACAACAAGCUGUCACUCAUAUGCUGGAAAUAAAGCUGUCAUUCCUUUGGAUAUUGACUCUAUUUCCCCCAGCAGUGCACUAA